ACUGAAACACAACCCUCACUCCCUUUCUCUCCUCUGGCAUGUACGCUGCUGGUAGGAGCCCCCCAGGGAAAAACUAAAAACUGCAGCCGAAAUCCUUUAGGGCUCCUUCCUCAGGAAAACUGAUGACUUCUAGAUCACAGCUCAAGUUUUAAGACGGACGCAAGCUGGACAUUCUUCUGAUGGGCUUUAAACUUUGAACUGGAUGUGGACAUUUUUCUCUCUGAUGACAGAAUCACUGCAACUUCCCCCUUGCAGUUGCUUCCUUUCCUUAAAGGUAGCCGUAUCUUGUUUUCUUUAAAAACCUUUCCCUUCCAAAUUUGCCUGUCAUGCCGACUGUCAUUAGCGCGUCUAUGGCCCCACGGACAGGGGCCGAGCCCAGGUCCCCAGGGCCGAUGCCCCAGGCGGCCCAGGGCAAGGGCACGGAGGCCGGGGUUGGAAACCCAGGUGGUAAAUACUCAGCCAUCAUCAGCCGCAAUUUUCCCAUUAUUGGCGUGAAAGAGAAGACAUUUGAGCAGCUUCACAAGAAAUGCCUAGAAAAGAAGGUUCUUUAUCUGGAUCCUGAGUUCCCACCGGACGAGACCUCUCUCUUUUAUAGCCAGAAGUUCCCCAUCCAGUUCGUCUGGAAGAGACCUCCGGAAAUUUGCGAGAAUCCCCGAUUUAUCGUUGGUGGAGCCAACAGAACUGACAUCUGUCAAGGAGACCUAGGGGACUGCUGGUUUCUGGCAGCCAUCGCUUGCCUGACCCUCAACAAGCGCCUGCUUUUCCGAGUCAUACCCCAUGAUCAGAGUUUCACCGAAAACUACGCAGGGAUCUUUCACUUCCAGUUCUGGCGCUACGGAGACUGGGUGGACGUGGUUAUUGAUGACUGCCUGCCAACUUACAACAAUCAACUGGUUUUCACCAAAUCCAACCACCGCAAUGAGUUCUGGAGUGCUCUGCUGGAGAAGGCUUAUGCUAAGCUCCAUGGUUCAUACGAAGCCCUGAAAGGUGGAAACACUACAGAGGCCAUGGAGGACUUCACAGGAGGAGUGACAGAGUUUUUUGAAAUCAAAGAUGCUCCCAGAGACAUGUACAAGAUCAUGAAGAAAGCCAUCGAGAGGGGCUCCCUCAUGGGCUGCUCCAUUGAUGAUGGCACAAACAUGACCUAUGGAACCUCUCCUUCUGGGCUGAAAAUGGGGGAUUUGAUUGCACGGAUGGUGAGGAACAUGGACGAGUCGCGGCUCAGGGACUCAGACCUCAUCCCUGAGGGAUGCUCAGAUGACAGACCGACCCGGACAAUUGUUCCUGUUCAGUUCGAGACAAGAAUGGCCUGUGGGCUGGUCAAAGGCCACGCCUAUUCGGUUACUGGGCUGGAGGAGGCCCUGUUCAAGGGUGAAAAGGUGAAGCUUGUGCGGCUGAGGAACCCCUGGGGCCAGGUGGAGUGGAAUGGCUCCUGGAGUGACAGUUGGAAGGACUGGAGCUUUGUGGACAAAGAUGAGAAGGCCCGUCUGCAGCACCAGGUCACUGAGGAUGGAGAGUUCUGGAUGUCUUAUGAUGAUUUCAUCUACCAUUUCACAAAGUUGGAGAUCUGCAACCUCACAGCUGAUGCCCUGGAGUCCGACAAGCUUCAGACUUGGACAGUGUCCGUGAACGAGGGCCGCUGGGUGAGGGGCUGCUCUGCUGGAGGCUGUCGCAACUUCCCAGACACUUUCUGGACCAACCCACAGUACCGUCUGAAGCUCCUGGAGGAGGAUGAUGACCCUGACGACUCCGAGGUGAUCUGCAGCUUCCUGGUAGCACUGAUGCAGAAGAACCGGCGGAAGGACCGGAAGCUGGGGGCCAACCUCUUCACCAUCGGCUUCGCCAUCUACGAGGUCCCCAAAGAGAUGCAUGGAAACAAGCAGCACUUGCAGAAGGACUUCUUCCUGUACAACGCCUCCAAGGCUAGGAGCAGAACCUACAUUAACAUGCGGGAGGUGUCCGAGCGCUUCCGCCUGCCCCCCAGCGAGUACGUCAUUGUGCCCUCCACCUAUGAGCCCCACCAGGAGGGGGAAUUCAUCCUCCGGGUCUUCUCCGAAAAGAGGAACCUCUCUGAGGAAGUUGAAAAUACCAUCUCUGUGGAUCGACCAGUGAAAAAGAAAAAAACCAAGCCCAUCAUCUUCGUUUCAGACAGAGCAAACAGCAACAAGGAGUUGGGUGUGGACCAGGAAUCAGAGGAGGGCCAAGACAAAACAAGCCCUGAUAAACAAGAGAAAUCCCCAAAGCCAGAGCCCAGCAACACUGACCAGGAAAGCGAGGAACAGCAGCAAUUCCGGAACAUUUUCAGGCAGAUAGCAGGCGAUGACAUGGAGAUCUGUGCAGAUGAGCUCAAGAAUGUCCUUAACAGAGUGGUGAACAAACAUAAGGACCUGAAGACUGAAGGGUUCACAUUGGAGUCCUGCCGUAGCAUGAUUGCUCUCAUGGAUACAGACGGCUCUGGAAGACUGAACCUACAAGAGUUCCACCACCUCUGGAAGAAGAUUAAGUCCUGGCAGAAAAUUUUCAAGCACUAUGACACUGACCAAUCCGGCACCAUCAACAGCUAUGAGAUGCGAAAUGCAGUCAAUGAUGCAGGCUUCCACCUCAACAACCAGCUCUACGACAUCAUCACCAUGCGGUACGCAGACAAGUACAUGAACAUCGACUUCGACAGUUUUAUCUGCUGCUUCGUCAGGCUGGAGGGCAUGUUCAGAGCUUUUAAUGCCUUUGACAAGGAUGGAGAUGGUAUCAUCAAACUCAAUGUUCUAGAGUGGCUGCAGCUCACCAUGUAUGCCUGAACCAGUCAAGCUGGCCUCAUCCAGGGCCAGGCAGGAUCGCUCAGGAUUUCAGUGUCACCCAACAGAGCUAGAGCCCUUACCUCCAAGGACACGGCAGCUGCACCCCCAGCAGACCUUCAGGCGCCUCAUCGGUCUUGUUCUUCCUCUACUCACUGCCCUGUCAGUCUCAGGGCAUCUCUCAUCUUGUCAUGCCCAGUCUGGCCCUUUAGUUAAGGAAUGGAAGGAGGGAGAACAACUGUCCCUCCACCACCCGGAUGCAAGGGUCUCUGUCUGCAUCAGUAAGCCAGAACCUGGUGAGAACUUUGCUCAGAGUGGCCUCAGCUCCAAAGCCAAUGCUCCCCUAAGCUUGCCCUAGGCUGUUCGCAGAAGCAUUUGCCAAUGGCACUCAGCACUUCCUGGUGCUGGACCCCUCUAUCACUUCUACGGUCUCCCACCCCUGGGACAGUAACCCAGUAAGCACUUGGUUCUUCUGCCUGAUUGUUUCAGGAUGAGCCUGCUCUGCAGUAAACUAGCUCAGGGGCAGAGGGCUGGACACAGUGGGUUAUCUGACUCAUAAGUUUGGCUUCAUUCUAAAAAAAAGGCGAUCUAAAUAAAGGCACACGUUUGGGUGGUU